CUGAACUCAACUCUAAAGGUGCUACUGAUUUCUGUUUCAAUACGCCGGUUUUACGAACAGAUUUGUUUAUAUAAUAUUUAUUGUUUUUCAGAAGGUUAUUUAUUCAUAAAGUGAUGGCAAAAGGAGAAGGAACCGAACAAUAUUCCAACAAUAAUUUAUUAACGAAUAAACCGGUCAACCCAGAUGUGGUCAAAUUAGCUGUGAAGCGUGAACAGAAGAACAGGUUGUCCAUAUGCAACAAGCUGUGCUACGCGGUGGGAGGAGCGCCCUAUCAGAUCACAGGAUGUGCUCUCGGCUUCUUCCUUCAGAUAUACCUAUUGGACGUGGCCCAGUUGGACCCGUUCUAUGCGUCGAUCAUCCUGUUUGUGGGGAGGGCCUGGGACGCUAUAACGGAUCCCACCAUAGGCUUCCUGGUCUCCCGCUCUCCCUGGACACGCUUCGGACGCAUGUUGCCAUGGAUCCUGUUCUCCACUCCUCUAGCCGUGGUCAGUUACUUCCUCAUCUGGUAUGUUCCUGUGUUUGAGGAUGGGAGGGUCAUCUGGUACCUGGUCUUCUACUGCCUCUUCCAGACCCUUCAGACGUGUUUCCAUGUGCCCUACUCGGCUCUCACCAUGUUCAUCAGUGAAGAUCAGAAGGAGAGGGACUCUGCCACUGCGUACAGAAUGACGGUAGAGGUUCUGGGUACUGUGAUUGGCACAGCCGUCCAGGGUCAGAUUGUGGGCAUGGCCAACGCCCCCUGUAUCCCGAUGCCCGGUGAUAAUGUCACGGCCGACGGGUUAAACUCCUCCCUGCUGCUGGAACAGGAAGUCAAUGCCACGAUCACCACUGUCAUCACCCUGGACCAAACGAAAACGGCCUACAAUAUAGCCUCCGGUGUCAUCUGUUCCAUCUACGUGCUCUGUGCCGUGGUGCUGUUCUUCGGAGUCAAGGAGAAGAAAGAGUCGUCUCGUCCUCGGUCAGAGCGCAUGUCGUUCUGGCAGGGUAUCAGGCUGGUGAUGGGCCAUGGACCUUACGUCAAGCUGGUGAUGGGCUUCCUCUUCACUUCACUGGCUUUCAUGCUACUGGAAGGGAACUUUGCUCUGUUCUGCUGCUACACUCUGGGCUUAAGGAACGACUUCCAGAACAUUCUACUGGUCAUCAUGAUGAUACAGCCAGAUUGA